ACGGGCCUCUACUACUAGACCACAUACCUUAGCCUACUGUCAUGAGGAUGUCGGCUAUGCCCGGUCCUGCUAGUAGUCUACAACUCAAGCAACCCUCCCAUCGACUGUUGCUGAGACACCGUAAGGCGCUCUGAUAGUGACAUAAGAUACCAACUCCGCUCUGCGGAUCGAACCUUAUAGGAAUUGACAACGGCGCACCCGGCUGGAUUGGCAACGAGAUGGAUCUCGCCUACGACUACAUAACGGAACAGACAUACGCGCCUGGCGAACGCGCCAGCACGCCAACAGCUGGAUCUGGCGACGGCACAUCAGCCGCCGCCAACGACGCUGGGACGCCAAAAGCCAGUGGUGGACCGCCGCGAGAGAACCUCCAAACCGAACUGCAAGAGACAUUCAAAGCGUUCUCCAAUUCACCUUGGGGCGCAAAGCUGGGGGGAUUCUGGGGCAAUGUCAAGAAACAAAGCGAGACGUACAUUGAGGAAGCCAGGAAGGAAGCCGCCGAGGUCGCAAGCGAGGUGGAGGCACUGAGGACCAAAGGUCUACUUGGGCUGGGCUUCGGCAAGGAGAAGGACAAGAAAGAAGAUGGACCGUCGGGGGAGUCAAGCAAGGACACAGCACAAGCCGAUCCUCAAGACCGCGAAAAACGAGAUAUCCAAGAGACCGAGACAUUUCUUGCCCGCUUCAAGAGCGAGGCCGCCAAGAGGCUGAAAGACGUGCAGAAGGCAGAAGAUGCGGCUGACGAGGCACUGCUCCGGUUUGGGACGAACAUCCGGAACUUCCUGCGGGACGCCGUGGCGGUCAAGGCACCGGAUGAAGAAGAAGAAACUCACAAUCGGCAGCCCGGCGAGGUGCUCUUCGAAAGCAAGGAUCCCACCUCGGGCAAGAGAGUCAUCCACACCAGCCGCUUCGAUGCGCAACUACAUGUCAUCCACACCAACUUGACGAGCUUCACCCAGGAUCCCAGCGGGGCUGGCGGACAAUGGGACGAUUUCAAGAAAGAGUUUGACAUUGACAAGAUGACGGCUCGCAUCGCGGAAGAUCUGGACAAAUACAGUGAACUGCGCCAGUCGAUGGAGAAGCUCGUGCCGGAGCGAGUCGACUACAAGGACUUUUGGACGCGAUAUUACUUCUUGAGGCACGUAGUGGAGGUCCAAGAGGAGAAGAGAAAGGAACUGCUUCGAGCAUCCGCACACGAUACCGAGGAAGUUGGCUGGGAUGAGGAUACCGAUGACGAGCAAGGCUCUGCAUCCACGCCACAACUGCAGCAGGACCAGCAGCCGCCAAAAGUCUUGGUUGCCCAGAACACCAGCGAUUCUUCCACCACGGUUCACCCGUCGUCUGCUGCGACAGAGUCGGGAUCUCUCAAGCCUGAAACUGCAGGUCGCCGAUCUCACGAUGAAAAGUCGGUCGCAGAUAGCGAUGCUAGCUAUGAUCUUGUGAGCGGAGCGACGAGCCGAGCUCCCGGCAGUCCCAAGGACGAUCUGGCCAAGGUCGAGGAGAGUGAUGAAGAGGAUUGGGAGUAAUUACAAGUACGGGAACACACGGGCUGAUUGUUGGAUUGUAGGCGUCAUGGCGCAGGAGAGAACUGAUACCAUUCAUGCAAUUCGAAGUCCUUGAAGUCUUCUACAGAGGCCGUAGUUGUGGUUUUGUAACUGGCUGGUGGGUCGAAAGAUUGCGUUUCUUCCAAAGAGUAAAGGAGAUGUGGCCAACCUAACCUUGUUACACAGCCAAUCUUAGUUACCUGGUAGUUAUAGCCCCUUCUACCGCUCAGCUGCCAUGACUGAGAUUCUGCCCAAUCAGUAAGGUAGAAGACAAAUAAUUUCUUUGCUAUCAACCAG